AUGUGGAUUCAAAAAGUAAGUUCGUUGCAAUCACUCCGAAAGCUUCAAGCUCUAAGAUGUUUAUCAACCCGAACACAAGAAGUGGAAAAUUUGGGACCAAUUGUAUUUCAUAAGUUAGGAGGAGAGGACAAAGGUAUUGCAAUAUAUGGAAUAAACAGUCCAAAAGAACGAAAUUCCCUCGGCUUUGACUUACUUAAAGCCAUGAAGGAGGUAAAUCAGUUAAUCAGGGAGGACACGAAAAUCUCAGUAGUUGUGUUGCACAGUUUGGUUCGUGGCAUAUUUUGUGCUGGUGCCAACUUAAAAGAAAGAUUAAAAAUGAAUGAUGAUGAAGUAGCAAAUUUUGUCAGAGGUUUAAGGAAUACAUUUAUUGAAAUUGAAGAUUUACCGAUGCCAACAAUAGCUGCUAUAGAAGGUGUAGCGGUGGGAGGCGGGUUAGAGCUAGCCUUAGCAUGUGAUAUAAGGGUGGCUGCUGAUACUGCCAAAUUAGGCCUUGUGGAGACUGGACGAGGCCUCAUACCCGGCGCAGGUGGCACUCAGAGAUUACCAAGAGUAAUACAUCCUAACAUAGCUAAGGAACUUAUUUUCACUUCUAGAAUUUUUAGUGGCCAGGAAGCCAAGGAACUUGGUGUGGUCAACCAUGUAGUUCCUCAAAACAGUACAAACAAUGCAGCCUAUGAUAAAGCUUUGGAUAUAGCUCGAGAGAUCAUCUCCAAUGCCCCUAUAGCCCUCAGGUGUGCCAAGCAGGCUAUUAAUGAAGGGGUUCAGCUCAGUAUCAAAGACGGUUAUGAAGUUGAACAGAAAUGCUAUGAAAUGAAUAUUCCAACAAAAGACAGACAAGAGGGAAUGAUCUCUUUCAUUGAGAAAAGAAAACCUCAGUAUAAAGGACAU